AUGGUGCUGCUGACGCCGGCUGUGCUUGUCGUCGGCCGCACUGGUGAAGACGAUGUAGGCUCCAUGCUCUUCAGGGAAUUCAUCUUGGAUGGCGGUGACUGGACGGGCCGCUGGCUGCUGAGGAGGCGGAGCCGGCGGGCCCGCAGGCGGAGGCGGCAGUCCUUUGCCCUUGGCAAUGCGGAUUUCUUCGUCGAGCCCGUCGUAAGGAUCUUCAAGGAGGAUGUGGGAGUGACGACCGUGGUGCGGGUCGGCUGCGACGUUGGCUGGCCGCUAGCGAGGGACGAGCCAGUGGUCAAGCUCGACCGCCUGCACUACCUCUUCAAGCUUUCGGACAAGGAUGGCAUGCUCCUCAACUAUGGCGUUGCCGACGCCAUGCUCUUGCCAUCCCUCGACGCGCUUCUCAAGUUCGACUCCUGCUUCUCCACGCCUUCCGCGCCUUCUAGGGCCUCAAGGCCACCCCAUCAUCGUUGGAGUCGCGGGUACUUGAAUGACUUGUGGCCGAGGGUGGAGAGCUAUAGCGGCAUGCUUGCCAAGGCCGGCGCCGGCAUGAGCCAUCUUAUCAAAGGCAUCUUCAUGUGCAGCGAGGCCUACGCGAGCCAGGUACAAAAGGUAGCCAACCUGAUUAGUCCUCAAGCAGCCAGCGGCGCGAGCUAACGCUUCGGCAGCACCAAUGGAGCUGACCAGAACAUCCAGGCAGGUCCGGCGAAGUGUGGAGGAGUCAACAAGAGCCUCGAGAGACAACGUCGGCUUGCCGAAAGACGUGGCCUGGCGCCGAAGCCAAUGUCGAUGUGGGGCGUCGGCGUGACGCGGUGA